AUGCCGCCUGGUGGUAUGAUGCUUCCGGCACCACCUCCUGGGAUGUUCCCAUCGGCUGCUGAGGGUGGACCCCCUUUUAACCUGCCGCUAUUCUUCGCUGCUCAGGCGGCCCAACAGGGUGCAACUCCUGAGGCUGAGAUGCCCCAUUCGGACUACUCUACGGGCACGGCUGAGCAGAUCCUCCUGUUGAAUCAAUACAUCCAACAGGCUGCUGGUGUUCUGGCCGAAGAUAACAAUGUCCCUGCCGAGCCAUCAGGUGAAGGCCCCACCGUCCCCCACGUGGCCCCUGAAGAUCGGUCGUCGGCUGAGGCUGUCGUCCCAUCAGCGCAUCCGUCGGAACCUUCCGCUGUGCCACCGUCUCCUACGGAUACUGCAAGUGAUGUGGUCCAAGCUAUGCUCGCUGCCUCGGGGAUGCUCGAUGCUGCUAAUGCUGCAGCCGCCGCAGCUGGUGUGGACACUGGCAAUGGACGUGAAGCGAGAAAUGGAUCGAUGCCCAAUACUGAUUCCAAUGGUGCCGAUGGAGACCCUGAACGGCCCCACAAGAUGCAAAGGGCCUCCUAG